AUGGCGGACUCAGAUUUCCCAUUCUAUAGACCCGCGAGGUCCGAAUAUGCCGAUAACACGAGCAGAGCAUCUACAGACGUGAAACGGAAAAGGAAUGUCGAUGAGGAUAAAUUUGCUUUGGGUCGGGGAGGAAAACUAGUCUUCUUUACAUUGUCUGUUCUCACCUUGAUGGCCGCUUUGGACGGAACUUCGCUGUCGGUUGCUUUACCUGAAAUUGCAAAAGAGCUCAAUGGAACGGCUAUUGAAGCUUUCUGGAGUGGAACUUCGUUCCUGUUAUGCUCAACAGUAUUCCAACCGAGUUUCGCCUCCUUCUCGAAUAUCUUCGGCCGUCGACCCAUGAUCAUGAUCUCCCUUAUAUUUUUCUGUGUCGGCGCUAUAAUCGCAGCAAUCGCCAACAAUUUCACCUACAUGUUGAUCGGUCGUUCCAUCCAAGGUGUCGGUGGAGGCGGUCUUAUAUCCCUAAGCGAGGUCAUCAUAACCGAUCUCGUCCCUCUGCGAUGGCGUGGUCAGUACUUCGGUAUCCUCAGUGCAAUGUGGAGUCUCGGAUCCGUGACGGGGCCUAUCCUCGGUGGUGGAUUCUCGGAAAAUGUGUCUUGGAGAUGGAUCUUCUAUAUCAACUUCCCAUUCAUCGGAGUCGGCGGGAUUCUCGUCAUCCUAUUCUUGAACCUCAAGCUUACCCCCAGUUCAUUAAUCGACAAGCUCCGUCGCAUCGAUUAUUUCGGUACCAUCUUGUUCGUCGGAAGCGUGUCAUCCUUCCUGAUCCCCCUCAGCUGGGGUGGCAUUUCAUACGACUGGAGCUCAUGGCACACACUUGUACCGCUUUGUGUCGGAGGCGUAGGGCUGGUCGUUUUCGGAUUCUACGAGUACUACUUCGCCUCUGAUCCUAUUGUCCCGCCUGUGAUAUUCCAAAACCGCACGGCGGUAGCUUCGUUCAUUGGGAGUGUUUUGCAAGGCUUCAUCCUAUGGUGUGCCCUCUAUUACCUCCCUAUGUACUAUGAGGCAGUGAAGGAGUACAGCCCGAUUAUCUCAGGCGUUGCGCUAUUCCCCGAGACAUUCACCGUGGCUCCGAGUGGGAUGGUAGCCGGCAUCCUGAUCACGGUAACGGGUCGUUACAUAUGGGCUAUCUGGCUCGGAUGGGCUUUUUCGACUGUCGGGCUAGGCUUGAUGUGUCUGAUCAAGGUGGAGACCAGUAUGGUCGGCUGGAUCUUCCUCAAUAUCGUGCCUGGCCUUGGAUUGGGCAUUCUCUUCCCAUCUCUCGGUUAUGCAGUGCAGGCCUCUGCGGACCCGGAGAACCUCGCUAUUGCGGUUGCCAUGUUUAGUUUCUUCCGUGCUCUCGGCCAGGCUAUCGGCGUUGCUGUCGGUGGUGUUGUCUUCCAGAAUCGCAUGUUCACCAACAUCUCCAGGUAUGCUGAUUUGGCGCCUAUGGCCGAGGCGUACAGCAAGGAUGCCGCUGGCUUGGUCCAAGUCAUCAAGGCGAUGGCAGAUGGCGCUGAUAAAGCGAAUCUCAAGGAAGCCUAUACGGACAGUCUACGCACGGUCUGGAUCGUCUGCUGUGGAGUGUCUGCUGUGGCGAUGGUGAUAAGCUUCCUCACUGAGCAUUAUGACCUUGACCGUGCAUUGGAGUCGAACCAAGGACUUCGUGAAGAGGAUGAUGAUGAUGAGUCUAUCAACAGUUUGAAGGACUUGGAGAUGCGGGCAGACCGGAGAAUUGUCACGGAGCCCCGACCUUGGGCGUGGUAG